GCCAGCAACAGUAUGUACAGUACAGCUGUUAGUUCUUCGAUUGAUAUUGCGUGUUCACAAUGUUUUUGAAGCUACGAACAGUUUUAGUGAUUUUUUGUAUUUUAAUGGUGUUUUGCCAGUUGCCAUUGGUUCGAACUGCUCUUCGGAAAGAUUGUCUUUCAGGAAGCUUUUCCAAAUGUGCAAUGUUGUCAUCUUGCUUCAACACAAGUUAUAUAAAUGUAAUGUGGACAGAGUUCAAACCGUACGCCUACAAUCAGUCAAAUGGUACAAUUAGUGGAAUUAUUCCAGGAAUUCUUUCCCGAAUCAUGAAAAAACGUGGUGGCCAACGUUUGAAAUUUAAUUUCACGCUAAAUGUAUCUCGAGUCGAUAUCACCACAAUGAAUAUUUCGUCCAAUAUUGACCUUGUGCUGCCGUACAAUGCAGGUGUCGACGAAACUCAAGAUGAAAGGACGAACUUACACUUUGUGAGUCUUUUAAAAAAGCCGUCGGUUGUUUACGUUACAAAGAAGGAAAGUACUAGUGAAAUACCAAAGAAGUUGAUUGCAGCUGUUUUGCACGCUUGGCCUGUUAUGAUCUUUGCUUUACUUUUGUCGUUAAUUUCUGGAGCCAUCAUUUGGAUUCUGGAAUUUUGGUUUAACCCAGAUGAAUUUCCACGUUCAUUUGUCAGAGGAACUUGGGAAGGAUUUUGGUGGGCUUUUGUUUCUAUGACUACCGUUGGUUAUGGUGAUCGCGCUCCAAAGACGCUGUUAGGAAGAGGAUUUGCCGUGUUCUGGAUCAUGCUUGGUAUUUGCAUAUUUUCCAUAUUUAAUGCCACUUUAACGACGUCAUUAACGGCUAUCUCAUUGGAGGAAAAGAAAACACUUUCUCGAGCUAAGGUCGGAGCUUUGCAAAAUUCCUACGAAGCUUUUGCUGGAGUCAAAAAUCAAGCGAAAAUUACAAAUUAUAACUCGACCGAUGAUCUUUUCCAGGCUUUAAACAACAACGAUGUUGAAGGAAUUCUGCUCGACUCGUAUUUCUCAGGAACAAACAAGAUUACUGAUAUCAUGAAAAAGAACGAAUUAAAAAUAUCAGAAACUGUAAUUGUCGAUGACAGAGCGUGGGGUAUUUUGCUGAAAAGUGACAAGUGUAGUUGUUUUUUUAGAAAAAAAUCGAAGAAUUCCGAAAUUUUUACUGACUUGAUAGCAAAGGAAUUUAAAAGUAAGUCGGAUGAAUACGACGCCACUGCUCGCACGGAUAGCGUUUUCAAUCCAACCGGUGAUGUAUUUUGGCCAUCUUUGAUCACGUGUGUUGCUUUCCUCGGGGUGAUGGCCUUUCUUGGAAUUGUGUGGGAGUUCUUUCUCAGGAAAACAGUUUUUAAAGGCAGCAAAACAAAUUCUUGUCCCGAUGCAAGCAAUUUGGACAAGAUGGAGGAAGAAAUGGUGAAAAAGCUUCAGUCUUUUUUUGCUGAAUGGCGAGAACAAAGAAAACACAAAAUUGGAACUGCAAGUGCAACGGCCAUUGAAGAUGUAAAACUGAAUCGUAUGCCGACAGGACGAGAUAAUUAGAUAUCUUCGUUCCACAUUAUUUACGUAUGUUAUAUAAAAUCAUAAAAAGAUCAUAAAAAGAUCGUAAGUUGGGAGUGUACCAAAAAUUUGCAUGCCUAAAUUAUAGCUACUCAUAUCAAAAUUAACUUUAAAAUGACAGUUGAAUUUCAGAAACAGCUUAAGCAAGCUCUUUUCAUUCUUAAGAUUUACACAACCAGCAAUGUGGCAUUGCAUAUUGAACGCCAAAACAUUUACAUAGCAUGAUCAAACUUGCAGGCUGGAGGCUUAUUAAUCACUGCUUGAAUUAUUGGGUACAUGCAGUGAAGAUAUGUUACUAUAGCCAGCUGGAGAUUCUUUUCUUGAGAAGUUUUCAUGUUGUAAUUAUGAAAUUCCUACCAGAAAUUUCAGAUAUUGCAGAAACCUUAAUAUCAAGAGUAAGAAGAGAUGUGCUUGAACCGUUUUACUGUUAUUUUAAAAGUCCUGUUCAAUAACAAUUUUAGUUAAAUUGUUAUGUUCUAAAAGUCCUGUUCAAUAACAAUUUUAGUUAAAACACCGCACUGUAUAAAAUAUUCAUACAACAA